CACCACAUGAACAAACCCUUCUUCCCUUUGUGCCGUCUUGGUUUGGUGGUACGGUUACACUUAAACCGACUACGAACUUUCUAUUUUUCCGCUAUAUAUAUAAACACCAAACCUUCCAUAUUCCACAUUUUCUCACUCUCUCCCCGCGAAGAACACGUAACUGCGGGGUUUUCCUUUUUCCAUCAUUCACCGAAUAUUUUCCAUCAUUUUCCUUAAAAAGAAAAAAAUAAAUAUAUUAUUCUAUUCUCUCUAUUCGAUCUCUUCUUUAUAUUCCUCUAAUUCUUCUUCGCUUUUCUGAUUCUUCAAUCGUAGUCUCGAUUUUAAUAAGCUUGAGAAAUAUUAGGGUUUCCGAUUUCAAUUUUCAGAUAUAAUUUUUUCCGUUAGGGUUUUUGUUUUCUGUUAUUGCGAUUGGUUGCGAUGGGGAGUGUUGAUCGAGAUGAUAAUCGGAUUAUUAAGAUGAAUUUCACUACUGAUGGUGCGGCGAAGCUUAGAGAGAGUGUUACGGAGAAGCUUAAGGAAUUCAUGGGGGAAUACACCGAUGAUACUCUUGUGGAAUAUGUUAUCGUUAUAUUGAGGAAUGGCAAGAGCAAAGAACAAGCGAAGAAUGAGUUGAAUGUUUUUUUGGGCGAUGACAGUGAUUCUUUUGUAUCCUGGCUGUGGGAUCAUCUACAUUUGAAUUUAGCUUUGUAUGUAAAACCGGAAAAACCGCUGGAUGAAGCUCCUAAAAGAAAGCUCAUAUCCGAAAUUCAAGCUGGGGGUGAUGGCUUUCAGCAUUCAAAAUCAGAGUUAGAAAGAGGAAAUUCUAGCAAGUCUUCUAGAAGUCGGCAUAACAAAGAUUGGAAAGGACUGGUGAGAGAAGAAGCUGAAGCACCUACUAUUAGAAUUUCUGAGGUUGACAAUGCUCAUUUAGAAGAAAAAGUCCGACCAAAAGUCAAUCGUGGUCGAAAGUCACUAUCUCCUAAACCUGCAAUUCAUAGGAAAAGGGGUCGAGCUGAUGAACAACAAAGGAUGAAGAGGGAUCUUGUCUCACAAGUAAAUAUUGCUGCUCCUCGACGGUUGCUUCAAUUUGCAGUUCGAGAUGCAGUGGGUACUCCAAGGACAUCCAGUUUAGGCACGUCAGUGGAGCCUUCCCUAAAACGUCUUCGUUCUGUGGUUUCUACAUCCUCUGCUGAUUCAGCUUUGGUUGAACAUUAUCAGCAUGUGCAACCCACUUCCCGGGUGCCAAAUGCAAUGUCUACAGUGAUUAAAGCUGUGGCGGAAGCUGCAAAGGAUGUGAAGUCCAAAUCCUCAGGAAGUGUAUUUGAUAGACUUGGUUGUGGUAUGGAUUCAUCAGCUGAUAACAGCCAACUUGAUUAUCAACAUCAGGAACAAAAUCAACCAGUGCAUCUUCAAAGAACUGAUUAUGAUGCGCAAUAUGCUGCAAAUACAACUACGAUGGAACAUGAAACUGGUUUUCCUUAUGAUUCUAAUUCAGAUAAUGAAGGUUGUCAUGAUUUAAAUGUCAUAGGUCGUGGGGUGGCUGGAACUUCUCAGAUCGGCUCCUCUGUUGGAAACAGGGGCAGUGAUUCACUCAUGGUGCAGUAUAGUGUAGCAAAAAAUGCUGAUGACAUUUUGCGUCUAAAACAGAACCGAGAACAGGAGCAAUCUGCUGCUGCACAUAACACUUCUCGUAAAAUAGUGAAUAUUUCAGUUAAUGUAAAUACUUGGAAGCCAGAGCAAUACCAGGAACCAAGAGAGGUUGUAGAAUUAGAUGGUCAUAAAAUUUUAGACAAGAAAACUGGAGAAUCAAGAUCCAACAUGCAUCUGGUGAAGGAGAAAGCAAAUGCUCUGAAAAUUAGUAAUGGAAAUGUAAACAUUGCUCCUGAUGCUCAGAAAGAGUCUAGCAAGGCAAACCAUACUACUGGUUCUAGUGUUGCUGUUCGUCCUUCAGAAGAUGUUGAUUCCAGAACCAUAUUUGUUAGCAAUGUUCAUUUUGCUGCUACCAAAGAUGGCUUGUCUCAGCAUUUUAAUAAAUUUGGGGAAGUGUUGAAAGUAAUUAUAGUUACUGAUGCUGCAACUGGCCAGCCAAAAGGGGCCGCUUACGUUGAGUUCAUGCUAAAAGAAGCAGCAGAUAAUGCACUAUCUCUAGAUGGAACUUCUUUCAUGUCACGAAUUCUCAAGGUUGUAAAGAAAAGUGCUGCCCAUCAAGAAUCAGCUCCAACUGCGACAUGGCCACACGUUGUUAGGGGAUCAUCGUUUCCUACUGCUAGGUUCCCCAGACCUCCCUUUGCAAGAGGUAUUCCUGGUUCAUUUAGACCUCGACCCCCAAUGAAGCUGGGUGCAAGGAGCAUGCAAUGGAAGCGGGGGGAUACUCAGGCAAAUCCAGCCAACAGUGGUUCAUCAGUGAAUAGCGGCAAUAUUACCAUGCCUGCUACUCGAGGUCUCACCUAUGUUAGAACACAAUCUAAGCCAGAAGGCUUGGGUACAACAUAAUUCGAAUAUCAAGAGAUUUGGUUACGACGACGUGAUUCUAUUAUCGAGAUGGUGGUAAACGACUGUUACACCAGAGUCUUCAUGUCUUAUAGCGUAAAAAUUGGUAAAAAAAAAAAUUAAUGUAAGGAGACGCCUGCCUUAAUUUCUGAAUGCUUAUUUUGUACAUGGAGGAUAUUUGAAUAUUUAGAGACUAAGAUGCCUAUAUAGGUAGUAGACUGCAUUUAAUAAUCUCCAUUUUUGGUCUUCGGCUGAAGCUAUAGAAGAGGAGGAUGUUGAUUUUUUUGGAUUGAAGGUGAGAAGAAUGUAAUGGAGAUAUCUGGGAAUUAUCCACAGUUGAUGUGUGGAUGUAUGGGUAGGGUGGAUUAUGGUAAUUCUUUUAUUGCUGGGAGAGACUGUUUCUCUGCUUUUUUUUGUUGGUGUUACCGGUGAAAUAUUAAUUAAUAAACAAAAAAAAAAGGAAAAAGGAAAAGUUGAGUUCCAUUUGACGGCCUUAUUUACUUUAUUGUUAAUUACCUUAUUGUUAAUAAAAUUGGUUAAUAGUUUAUGUAUUUGCUGUUUAUGGUG